ACCUAACUUAGCACGCAUCGUCGCCUCCAGCAGCCUCUGCUAAAAGCGUGUUGCCGGGAGGCUAUCAAUCAAAGAUGCACUAAGCAAUGACCAGGCGCAGCAGCGCGUAGUAUAAAAAUGAGCGGCGCAUCAAAAUCCAGCAGCGAUGGCAGUCCGCCGGAGCCAAAACCCAUGCUGGGUUUGGAAAGCUCGGGCAGGCCUGAGCUGAUCACGGUCGAAGCCGAGCCCGAGAUCGUCUCGCCGCGCGUGACGCGCGCGAGCCUGCCGCCCGUGGCCCUUGAGAACGGUGCUUUGGAAUGUCCCGUGCGGCCCCGCGUCCGGUUUCGCGCGCGCGGCGGCAGGAAAUUCGGCGCAGCGAUGGAUAUAAAUGAGCGCGCGUCGUCGUAUUGAUAAAUCUCAACGCACGCAGGCCUGCGGCGGCUGCUUCCCCGACUGGGAGCGAUAUUAUGGGCACGUCAUCGCCCCGGACAACCGCGUCUGCGCGUGGGUGCAGAUCGACCUCAUCGACGUCGUCCCCAAAAAGAAGGGCGACGGCGAGGGCGACGCUUCCGCGAGCGCCGACAGCUAGGGCGGGAAUUCCUGGGGCGGCCGCACCCCGCGACCUCCGGGCGCGCGCGGAGCGCCCUCUGUUUGUACAUAUAUUUAACGACUUAUUAUUAUGAA